AUGCCGCAGCUCUUCCCAGCCAACCCCUCGGCUUCGAUGGUGAUCCGCAAUGUGACACCAAAUAUUAUUACAAUGAGUCUACCGUUCGCGCGUUUUGGAAUCGUCCGCUUCGGCGCCCGGGGGACGCUAGUCAAGCUUGCGACUGGUUCUCUCGCCAUUUUCUCGCCCGUCUCGAUGACCCCCGAGGUUCGCGAGGUUGUGCAAGCCCAGGGGGGCAAUGUCAAAUACAUUAUUGCCCCAGACAUGGAGCACCACCUCCACAUUACUGCCUGGAAGAAUGCGUUUCCCGAGGCCGCCAUCUUGGCGCCAGAGGGACUCUGGGAGAAGCGACAAAAGAAUUCAGAGUAUAACGAUGCGCCCUUCCAGUAUGUCUUCAAAAAGGAAGGAUCGCCUCCGACUAUCUCGGAGGAAUUUGAUGCCGAGUUCGACAUCGAGUACGUGCAUGCGCAUGGAAAUCGUGAGAUUGUCGCCCUGCAUCGGCCUUCGCGCACCCUCAUCGAGGCCGACUUACUCUUUAACCUCCCUGCUACAGAGCAGUACUCGAAGACCAAAGACGGGAGCACUGCGAAUUUCCUGACCCGUCUUUUCCUCCCUGCUAUGUCGGUGGGGAACCCUCCAACCGGUCAGCGACGUUUUAUCUGGUAUUUGGCUACUACCGAUCGGGGCGCUUUCCAGCAGUCCAUUCGACGUAUUAUUCGAUGGGACUUUGACCGCUUGAUACCUUGCCACGGAGAUGUGAUUGAGACUGGGGCCAAGGAGGUAUUUCAGAAUGUCUUCGCAUGGUUCUUGCAGGAGGACCACGAACAUGUCUAG